AUGGCAAUUCUUCCCAUCCCGCAUCUCACCCAGUCCGUUCUCACAACACCUCUUCCCUUUCAGUCCCAAAGAGACCUCCAACAAUGCUUCUCCCCAGGCCCAACCGUCAUCCACAUUCUGGCGCGGACGUCCCUCGCCGCCGCCACCAUCACCCCAGCCAACCGCCGACGCCGCACCUACGCUCUAUCUAUGACAUGUCCCCAAUGGCCGAAUCUCCUACACCAGAAACAAGCGGACCUCGUUCGGCUCGACGGCACUGAUCAAUGGCGCUCGAGCAACCGACAGUUAUACAUGCACGCAUCUCGGAUGUACAGCACCGCCAUUCAAGACCCAGCUACCCACCAUUUAGAUAUCCCCGUUGACACUUCCUCGUCCUAUCAAGCAAACUCCGCGUAUACAGUAAAAGCAAUGUCAUCAAUAUUGUUCGAAUGCACGAGGGUCAAUUUCGCUAUUGCUCCGUACGGACAUCGAACGAGUAGUGCCCCAACAACAACAAAGGCUGACAAAAUCCAGAAAUAUGUUGAUGAAGUUUCGGGAUAUGAUUAUGAGAAGGCAAUUGACGUCAUCCGCAGAGACAAUGCUUUGGCCACAGGAAAAGGUCUGCAAAAUCGAUACGACGAAACAAUUUUCUGGAAAAUCAUUCUCAAGGCUGCGGCGUUGCUCGAUCAUACAAAACUGCCGUCAGCGAAAUGA